CCGCCGAGCCGCCCCCUCCCCGUUCCCUCCCGGAGGGUCCGGCCAGGGGCGACGCGCCGCCGCCGACCGAGAGCACGUUUCGCGGCCCGGGGCUCCCUCUCCCCGGCCUGGGCUCGUCGCACCAUGGGAGCCGUUCGCCCGCGGGGGCCCGGGCCGUGAACCGUGCCUCGACCCCCCCCCCCCCCCCAAUCCACCCCCCUCCCACCUCCGCCUCCGAGCGCGGACCGCCAAGCCAUGCCAGCAUCGCCCCUUCCUGUGAGCUGCGGGCUGGCCGCGCCGCAGCCCUGAGUUAAUGCUGUAUCACCACAGAGCAGCAAUGGGAGUGUGCAGUUUUCUGUUGAAAAGUUCUCUCAAGAGCUCAUGAUUCUUUUCCAUCUCUCCUCUUAACAUUUCUACUACUCUGCAAACAUGGCUCACCACGCGAGGCCUUCCAGAUUAGUCAAAAAGGAAGAGUUAGGCAAAAGGAAAUCCAACCAGGGCAAAAAGAAAUCUAGCCAAGUGAGAAAGAAAACCACAAAGACUUCCACAAAAGCUGUUAGUUCUGGAAAAGGCAAAAAGCCAGCGCAAGAAAAAGAUGUUAAGAAAAAACAGCAAGAAAAGAAACCAAUCAUGAGCUCUUCAGGUAGACUUCUCAGGAGCAGUGUAACCAGAACCUUGUCUGGAGCAUCUUGGGUGAGUUUGGAGAAAGCUGACAAUAUCCUGUUUCAUAACCAGGAUUCUUUCAACAUCAAUGGCUUUACGAUGUCUCUCCGUAACCGAUCAUUCUCCCGUAGAUUGUCCCAAACUCCAAUUGCAAAACCCAGGAAAGCUGCAGCACAAAAAAGGCUAGAAACAAAGGAAAAACAUGAACAAGAAGCCCUGGUACUAGUAGAAGAAAAAAACGUUGAGGCGGGCGAAAGAGGUUUGAAACAAGAUUUAGCACAAAAUGAGUUAGCUCCUCUGCCUGUAGAAGAUGCUCCAUGUACUGUAGGCGAAGAGCCUGCUACCACAUGUGCCAGUCAAGACAAAGAGGUAGAAAUACCUGAAACAAAUGACUCCGUUCCAAGCAGUCAGGUAACUGGUGAUGAUGACACAGAAGCGCCAGAGGUGAAAUGCAAGCACGAAGACCUGCCCUGUGAGCAGACACCCAGCGAUCUUGAUACAGGUAGUUUGGCUGAAGCAUUUGUUGAAGAUGCUGCGCUUGUGCUUCCGUCUUCUCCUUCUGACUCCAUAAUCACCUCUGAAUCAAACUCGAAGGUGUGUGCAGAGACUCCCUUCGAUCUGGUGCCUAACAGUAAAGAACCUGACUCCAGUUCUGUCGAUACCUCAGACCUCAGCUCAGCAGUACUGUUCGAAGAGUCGGUCCCGCUUGCCAAAUCCCACACUGAAGCAGAGUCGGACCUGGUGCUACCUAGUGAAGAACAAGACUCGAUUUCUGCACCUAUAGUUACCUCUGAGUUUAACUCACAAGAACAUUUUUUAGAAGAUGCAAGCUCACUUGCAGAGUCCUGCUUGAAGGCAGGCUGGGAUUUAGAGUCUGAGAAUAAAGACGUUGGUUCAAAUUCCAGCUCUGUAGCUGCCACUGAAUCAAAUUUGCUUUUACAUUUUGAAGGUGCAAGCUCGCUUGCAGAAUCCCACAUGAAACUGGUUGUGGAUUUUGUACCUGUUAACAAAGAACUUGACUCAAAUUUGGAUUUGAGCUGUACAAGAGAGAAAUCAGAAUCUGACUCAAAAAACUUAUUUACAGUAUGUGAACCAGUUUCCGAUACCUCUUUAAACAAUAUUGAAGUGGAGGACAUUGAACAGCUUGUUAAAUGUAUUAAUGCAGAGACAUUUAUUUUGAAUUCAGGUUAUGUCCCCACUUUAUCUCCAGAUUUAGGAAAAAGCACAGUUGAUAAAAUCUCUGGUGAAAGCUCUGGACAAUUCUCUGAAGGUUUUGUUUCGGACUUGCCUUCAAGCAUGGAAAUCUCUGCUCUUGCCUCAGAAAAAGCCAUAAAUGCAGAUUUGCCAGCUGACUCAAGACUGCAGCAUAAUGAUUAUUCAUCACAGCUGGGAAGUGUCGGAGUAAGCUUGAAUUUGGUUCAGGACAACGUGAGCGACGGCACUGAAGCGGUUGAGGCCUCAGGGCCAUCCUCAGUUAAAAAUCCAGCUGGUGAUUACCCUGUUCCAUAUUCAUCUCUGCUCCCUAUGCUAGAGAAAAAGAAACGAAGGCGUUGUGGAGUCUGUGAGCCCUGUCUGCGGAAAACAAAUUGUGAAGAAUGCAGCUGUUGCAGGAAGCGCAAAACUAGUCACCGGAUAUGUAAAAAGAGAAAAUGUGAAGAACUGAAAAAGCCACCACCGCCAAUCAUGCUACCUUUUGAGGUUCUAACUGAAAACAAAAGACCUCAGAGGAGGAAGCAAAGAGUUUUAAAGGCAAAUUUAGAAAACAAACCAGUAAAUGGCCGCAGACCAGAACUCAUGGAAUGCAGUAUAUGUGGUCAUGGUGAAAAAUACAGGGUGAAAACAAACCAAACAGUACCCAUUGAAAAUGUGCAGUCUAAGGAGAAAGAAAGAAUGACAGGCUUAGAAGCAGAGAAGUGGGCACAUAACGAGAAGCCAUCUUUUGGUGUCCAUGUCAACGGAGAUAUCCAUGGAACUGUGACAGGCAACGAACACUUGAAAAACGCUGAAGACAGUGAAAGAGCAGUCUCUCCCAGUCAGUUAGCUGAGCCAAAAAAAUCAUUUGCACAGACCAUCAAAAAUGGCAUAAAACCCCUACAUUAUUCACCACCGGAAGCGGUUGCUUCACUGAAAAAAGUAUCCAUAGAGGAAAGGACGGAUUUGACAAGCAACUCCCAUAUGCAAUGGAUGAAGGGUACCAAUCUGAAUAACAUAGUAAACACUCUGACGACUGGCGUUGGCUGUGUUCACCCAGAAGAACAAGGAAAUGUUUUAAUGAAAGAGGAAAACUGCACUUGCAGCAUCUUUGAGGAUGCUGGUAAGUCAGUUUUGCAGGCGGGUUCCAUUUCAGAUCUGCAAGAAAGCUUGUGUUGUCCUCCACUGCCUGAAGAGGAAGUGCACGUAGGGAAGGAUGGCUUUAAAGUACCUAACACAGAGACACAGCAUGAGGAUUCUUCACUGCAGCCGACUUUCUUGUCCCUGAUUAAAAACAGAAAUUUAACUGUAGAGCAGGUUGUAGCUAUUGAAGCUUUAACACAGUUGUCCGAAGCCCCUUUAGAAACAACUUCACCAGCUAAAACUGAAAGUACUGAACAUACAGAAGAAACAACUUCCAACUUGCUCCAUAGUUAUAAAAGGGAUAUCUCAUCCUCCCUCACAUCUUCUGCAUUAAAAGAAAUCAAAGACACUUACUUACAGAAUGAGCAACAGCUCUUGGCUCACUGCGGUCACUCACAGAAGCAGCUCCCUAAUAAGGCAGUGUUAUACAAUGGCCAAAGUUCAAUUUCUGAAUUGCAUGAUAAACCUGCCAGUCUGGCUGGCGAGAUGUAUAAAUUACAGUUAUCCUCAAGAGAUACCAAAAUUUUAUCUGACUUUACAUCAAAUGCAAAAUCAUUUUCAGGAUAUACUACCAAGAAAAAUUAUACUCAUGAUCCAGUCACCCUUGCACGGUAUUGCAGUGCUUCACGUAAUGUCCAGCAAACAAGUAACAACUUGGAAACUCUUGGCCAGUUAGAACAAAAGCCAACCUGUAAAGAUUUGAACUUGGAAGCUAGUUCUUUGGUUAAAGAAGGAGGAAUUCACAGCCAGGAUGAAGAGGAUGUAGCUACACAACUAACCCAACUUGCAGCACUAAUUGAAUCAAACCAGACAAAUCCAGAGCAGAAGAAUGACAUAAAGGCAUCACUGCUUAAUCUAAUAUCACACGAGAGGCAGCCAAAAUAUAACCAAGAUGUGUUGCAGAAAAAAGAAUCUGUAUUUUUUAGGCAUAAUUAUAGUUCCUUAAUGUUAAAGCAAAAACAGCCAACAAAUAAAAAAGGAAAUGCUGUACCAUGGAAACCAAGACACAAAAAGAAGCCUCAAGAAGCACGCUAUCAACAAAAUAAUCAAAACCAGCUAGAGCUGUUGUCAUGCCAGCAUAGCGAGUUACAGGACAUUUGGAUAUCAUCAAAACUGCACAAGCUUGGUCAAACCGUGCCACAGGACUCCAGAAUAGCUCCCUCUGAAAAAAAAUCUCCAAGAACCAAAGUACAGAGAGCACUGAAUCAAAAUACUUUAGCAUCACAAGAAAAAACUAGAUUAUUUCUCCCACAAACACAGAUAAAAUUCCAUAGAUGUUUACCUGAAGUACCGCAAGAGAAAAAAAAAGACAGGUUGUUUGGCUGUGAAGUGGUGAAUGAGCAAAUCAAAACUGCAGGCUCCGGUGACCCACUAGGCAUUGAUCCACUGAAAAAUGAAGUUGUUGCAUGUAACCAGUAUAGCGACCUGUCCUCCCGUAAUCCUCUGGCUGUUUCACAGUUGAAAACAGCAUCCUUAUUGAACAGACCAAGUGAAAACCUACAGAUGUUUACAGAACAAUGUAAUUCUCAGGUACAGCAAACAGCGAAUGUCAGUCAGACGCAUCCUUUGCCUCAAACUUUUAAUCAGUCUAACCUGAGAGCUAACGAAAUGCGUAGUGAAGACAAAACCUAUAUUCAGCAGGGUGCUGUCGAACAACAAGUAGAUCCGAAGUCACAGGUGCUGCCUGUUCCCUGUGGUGGGGCCCAGGUACCAGGUUCUGUCGAAGCUCUCAGGAAUAUGGAGUGUGCGGGCGAAGUGACCGUUCUGACGUCAACCAGUUUGGGUACUGACCACCCACAGAGCACAGGCGACUCAGGGUGUUCUCCAGCAAAAAACACGCUCAGCAGUUUCCUUGAAUCACCUAUGAAGUUUCUUGAUACCCCUACAAAAAAUUUAAUAGAUACACCUACAAAAAAAGGACAAUCUGAAUUGCCAACUUGUGACUGUGUUGAGCAAAUUAUAGAGAAAGAUGAAGGCCCAUAUUACACACACCUUGGGACAGGACCAAGUGUUGCUGCUGUGAGAGAAAUAAUGGAGAACAGGUAUGGAGCAAAAGGAAGCGCUGUAAGAAUAGAGGUAGUGGUUUAUACAGGAAAGGAAGGAAAAAGCUCUCAGGGGUGUCCAAUUGCCAAGUGGGUGAUACGAAGAAGUAGCGAUGAGGAAAAGUUGCUGUGCUUGGUACGUCAGCGUGCAGGACACCACUGUCAAACUGCCGUCAUCGUGAUCCUCAUACUGGCCUGGGAAGGGAUCCCUCAUCUCCUGGCUGAUACGCUGUACAAAGAACUGACGCAGAGUCUCAGAAAAUACGGCUGUCCCACCAGCCGUAGAUGUGCGUUAAAUGAAGAUCGUACUUGUGCAUGUCAAGGACUUGAUCCAGAAACUUGUGGAGCAUCAUUCUCAUUUGGCUGUUCAUGGAGUAUGUAUUUCAAUGGCUGUAAGUUUGCCAGAAGCAAAAACCCCAGGAAAUUUAGGCUUCUCACUGAUGACCCUAAACAAGAGGAACUUCUUGAAAAUAAUUUGCAAACUUUAGCAACUGACGUGGCUCCAGUUUAUAAAAAGCUUGCUCCUGAAGCUUUCCAGAACCAGGUGGAAAAUGAACACAUGGGCCCAGACUGUCGGCUUGGAUCCAAGGAUGGUAGGCCUUUCUCUGGUGUAACAGCUUGCAUAGAUUUCUGUGCCCAUGCCCAUAAGGACACACAUAACAUGCACAACGGAAGCACUGUGUCCAAAGGCUGCCCAGUAGAGGUCUGUACAUUAACGAAGGAAGAUAACCGGAGAGUGGGGGUGAUUCCAAGCGAUGAACAGCUCCAUGUGUUACCUCUUUACAAAAUUUCACAAACGGAUGAAUUCGGCACCGAAGAGGGACUGGAAGCUAAGAUAAAAGCCGGAGCCAUACAGGUGCUCACAGCUUUUCCCAGAGAAGUACGAAUGUUAGCUGAGCCUCUCAGAGCUACAAAGAAAAAGAAACCAGACACGAGGAGGACCCUGACUGAAAAGCAGCCAUUAAUAGAUAAAAAAUAUCCAACACCAGUAAAGCUGAAAACUGAAGCCCCAGAAAAUCUUGGCAACACUUUGCAUUGUUUAGGGAACAAAACAGAUGCUUUAAAACCUGGAAUAAAAAUGGAGACUUCCGAUCACCUCUAUGCCAUGAAACAUACUUCAAACACUACUAAAAAUUGCUCCUUAUUAAAACAGUAUACAGCUUCCCCCCCCUUCAAGGUGGAUAGUUUACAUCCUUAUUCAUCUUUAGCACAUAAGCCUGGCAUAACAGCAGUGACUAAUAUUCAACAAGAUUUUUCAGUUCCCUACGGGUAUUUUGAAUGCAGUAGUAAGCAACCUCACGUGACACCUUAUGUUAAUUGUAAGAACUUUGAUGUGUCAGUCAAAGAUUAUACUGGAAUUUUGCUGAAUGAUAAGAUGAAUGGUGUGCCACCGAUUCUUCCAGAGGUCACUGCUCCAGGCCCCCCAGCCCAUAAAGACCCCCUGCCCACUAUACUUGAACAUCAGCCCGACAAACGGAAUUGUCAGCUUCAGUUAGACAAUUCUCCUUCUUCACAGAUGAUCAGCUCUUGUGAUUUGUCAGUACCGCUAAGCUCUCCAGCAAAGGAUGCAGUCGGAAACGAAGCUGACUGUUCCCAUGGAUGCCCAAUGGAAAAGGGCAGCUCCCAUCGAGAACAGAUGUGUGAUUUUGACUGUGUUGACGAAAAGCAAAACAGUGCACUGGGACAACCGACUGAUUCUGAAGAAAAAGCUGAGGAAAUGUGGUCAGACAGCGAGCACAAUUUUUUGGAUGAUGACAUUGGUGGGGUUGCUGUGGCACCUUCUCAUGGUUCUAUCUUAAUUGAAUGUGCAAGACGUGAACUCCAUGCUACCACCCCUAUAAAAAAACCCAACCGCAAUCAUCCCACAAGAAUUUCGUUAGUUUUCUACCAACACAAAAAUUUAAAUGAGCCAAAACAUGGUUUAGCCAUGUGGGAAGCGAAGAUGGCUGAGAGGGCAAAAGAAAAAGAAAAAGAAGCUGAAAGAUUAGGAACGGAGAAUACUGAACUAAACUCUAGCAGCAGGAAAACAAAGCAAACAAGUGAAAACAGAGAUAUUUUUUACGAAGACAAUGAGUUCAACCAAAUUCCAUCACGCAGAGCAUUAACAGUAACUAAGGAUAAUGUAAUAACAGUAUCUUCUUAUGCCCUUACACGAGUUGCAGGGCCUUACAACCAUUGGGCAUAGGUUUUAGUAUCAAAUGCCUCCUCUUGGUGCAGUGUUACACAGUGUUUCUUUAAGGUGCUGUUAAAGAACAAGUCUCGUGUCGUUUACUAUUUGCUCAUCUCAACCAUUUUAAGGCUGAGGUAAAAAAAAAAAAGGCGGGGGGAUUUCUUCUUAAACUGUGACUUUAACAUUUGGUGGUGCUCAAGCACAUUUUAAGCAAAAAAAAAAAAGUUGUAUAGUUUUAAUACAUUCUAAAAAAGAUUUUGUUUAGGUUAUUAACCUUGAUUGAAUCAUUCAGUUUAUUACCUUUAGGAAUUUAUAUUUUGGUGCUUUAAAUCAAGUCUGUUUACUACAAAAAUCAUUUAUAGGGAUUUUAACAGGUUCACAUUUUAUGGUGUUAAAUCAAGUUAUACAGUAAUAGCUCUACACAGCUCUUGGUGCUUAACCACAUCAAACAGUUAAAAAUAAAUAAGCUGAAUUAUUACUUCAUGGUGCCAUUGCUUUAACAACUUCCAACCAUUGCUAUGUAGUCCAAAUUGCAGAUAAAUCUUUUAGAAAACCAAUGAAUUUUUUUCUCUAGAUUUGUCAUUAUGUAUGAAAUGAAGUUAUUGGUAAUGAUGGCUGGAAGUUGUUUUUAAGCUGUAAAUAUAUAUUUUAAAAGCACUUUCUAUUUUUAAAAUUAACUUGAAAUAGUAUAGUAUAAGGAUCAUAUUGUCUAAGGUUUGUGCAUACUCUACAGAAGAAAUCAUUUUAUUCUUGCUGUGUAGAGUUCCAUAUUGUUACAGCUGCAGUAUGUAUGCUAAUAGCAUAUGUGAUUGUUUUUAGACUUGCCCUUUUUCAUCGAAGAUUUUAUGUUGCAUAUAAACAACAGUUAUAAAAUAUAGAAACAUUUUAUUAUUUUCAAGAGAGUGUAAAAACAUGAAAUUAGGAGACGUCUUGUCAAUACGUGUGUUGCUAUUGGGAGUUAUGAAUAUUAUUUGGUUUUUUAACGGCAGCAUUUGUUAUGAUUUCUUUGAGCAAUAAGUGCAUAAGUCUCAUUCGUUUGGAGCAUUAUAAGUUAAUAUGACAACCAAAUGUUCCUAAUGCCUCAGGGGUAGGAUUGUUUUGGGAUAAAAAAAUACCCCCUAGAGUUGCCUUAUUCUAUUCUGGAAAAAAAAAAAAAAAUUAAUUUGGGGAAAAUACAAAGGAAGUGUUGGAAAAGUAUGAAAUUUCUAAUAUUUAACAGCAAAUUUUUCAUUAAGAAUAACGUAUCUGUAAUAUUCACCAGCUUUCUAAGUUCAGUUUUUUAUAAAAUGUUUUGUAAAUUUUUUUAAGUGAUUUUUACAUUUCGUGUAGAAAGGGUUGUAUUCUUCCUUCCAAACAUAUGAAAUUUAUGUUCUCCGUUUCUGUUGAAAAAGUGACAUAUCAUGAAAUGAGUAUUUGCUAAACCAGAGGAAAAACAGACACUCCAUUGCUUUUAAAUACUGUAGCAUCCCACUCUUCUUUCUGAUUCUCCUCUCCUAUGUAUUUCUUUUUUAAACUUAUUUAUUUAAACCAAUUACCAAAUGACAAUGUUAGCUAAGGACCGACCUCAUCCUGCAACUUCUUCCAUGAGAACAGCUCUGCGUAGCCAUACCUGCCCAGUCAGAGCCAGGAGGACCGCUCAAGCCAGGACUCCUCUCGUGACUGAGAGCUGCAGGAUCAGGCCCCAGAGACGAAGCUGUACCUUAAUUCUGCCUCGGAGUCCUCCCCGGCUGGGUAACCUGUAGGUAUAACGAGGUCAGAGUUUUCCAGUGUGAAAAGAUACUAAUAAUAUACUUGAUAAUAUUGUAAUGUAGUGGUGCUUAACAGAGGAAUAUGAACUAUCUAGAUCUGCUUUAUUUAAAACCUAGACAAGGUGCUUUUUCCUGGAAAAGUUGAACUGUAAGCGCUAUAUUUACAGUUUCGGUACGAAAAGUACACAAAUUGUAUUUUUAACACAUAGUGCCAGUUAGGACCUUGGUGCUACAAAUACUUAAAUGCGGCUGUAGAUCAAUGAGACUAUUCUCCUGUAUAAAUGUAUACACAUAUAGUGUUUGCAGGAGCAAGGUCUGAAGUAGCAAUCACUAUGUAAUGACCUUGGGUUCAAUUCUACAGAUUCCUGUCAAAAUUAACAAAAAUGUUGAUGGCAGAGGUUGGCCGAAUUGAACCCCUUCUUUGUAUCUUACCUAUUUUAAGUAAAAUUUGUAAAAACCGGGUAUGCUGCAAAUUUUAGUUCAAAGCUUAAUAUUAGUUCAAAUAGAGGAUAUGAAGGGAUUGUAAAUAAUAAUAAAACAGAAACAAUAUUAUGCCAUCGUUUUGUACCAGCAGUUUUAUGCUUCUUGACUAUGUAAUAUACAGUAUACAUCAAAUCAUUAUGGUAUUUUGUGUGCCUUAGAUUUCCAUUUUAAAACUUGUAUAUUUUUGGUGAGCCGAAGAUUAGUAAGAAUUCCAGCUGUCCAUACAGUAAGUAGUACUGUACGUUCUCUAGCUGUUCCGUUCAUGUAUUUGCUAUCUGAAAACCCUUGUCCAACACCACAAUCGAUCAUUUACAGAAAAGACUAGUUUAUUGGUUUCACUGAUAGUGCUGAUAGCUUUAGUUUCUAUAAUGCAAAUUGAAAAAAUCAUUUAUCAUUCAGCACUCCCAUGUGAAUAACAAUUUUUCUACAAAAAAAUUAGUAAGUUACAGAGCCAUCGCUUUAACUUUUAACAUGUUCAGAUCAUUAAAGUGGAUCAUUUUUAUUUGAAUCUUCCCGUACAAAUGCCCAUGUUUAACUUAGUUAUGUAUGAUUGGAGACUUCAAAGAUAAAAAUGUUCCACUGAAAAACCAGCAGCUUCCCUCAAAGAAGUGAGAACCUGAAAGGUGGAUCUAAAAGGAUACCUCCAAACAUAGCCCCUGGCAAGUCACUUCACAAGUAAGUCCAGGUCUACCUUUUUUAAAUGGCAAUUUUAACAGAGAAAAGUAUAUCUUAACAUAAUGCUAUUAACUGAUAGGUGCUAAAACUCACAGUUACUACUUUAUUAAGAUUACUUACAUGAGAAAAAUAUCUAUACAAUAAAAUAUCAUUCGCGGUGCUCUUUCCUUGACUGUCUAUCACGUAACUACUUUUUUCAACGUGUACCUAACAGGCAGGUUAGCUGGCCACUUUUACUUCCUGCUGUGGCACACAGCAGGUUGUGAUUUGAGAAGCUAAUAUUUUCUAUUGCUGUACUGCGGAAUAGAAAAUGCAACUGUUUACUGUUUUUACAACUGUGUGCUAUUUAUUGUAACAUUUCAGAAUAUUUAUCAGUCUUGUACACCAAUUAUGUUGUUUUGAGUAAGGUUAUCAUUUUAUAACAGUAUUUGUCUCUGAAAAUUUGCAAAUCUGUGGGUGUAUUGCUUUCCUUUGCAGGCCACACAACCACUUGUAAUUUGCUCUUACCCCUUAACAAAGUCCUUCCAGGAUGGCCAGAUCAAGAGCAGGAUCUAAAAUUAAGGUAGCUGGCUAGGUCAGACCUGCAUAUUUUACUUGGUUUCCAACAGCUGGCACUGUGCUCUCGGUGAAAAAAAACAGAAAAUGCAUUCAGGUGUGGGCUGGUGGUGGGGUGUGCUUGUCUUUUGAUCCUUUUUCACAGUAUGCUAGCAAAAAGUGUUGUGAUCCAACACGGGACACCUCUGACUUCCCAGAAGAAAUGUCCCUCAUCCCUUUCUCCACUGGGUCCAGUACCACCACUCCACCUUCACACUGGAGGGAAGGAGUAGUGCUUUCUGCAGGAGCCUGUUCUGUUUGGCUCGCUGAGUCCCUGUUGGAGUUACUGCAGUCACGCCCAAUUAAACAGUGAAUUUUACUCGUGCAGUUUCUCUGCGCUUGCUGAUUUGUAGCAUGCUAUUGUAUUACAGGAAAUAGAAAAAAUUAUUUCUAUAAAUAUUUUAGUCACAAGAUCCAAAAAGCUUUUUAAGGACUUACAAAUACUUGUGACUUUCUAGCUGUAACAGUUGUAUUCAGAUUUAUUCUUUUUUUAAAGGACUUUCUAAGCUAACUUUUACUUAGGAAUAACUGCUGUUAAAAGUCCUUAUCUUACCUACGACAGUGCUUCUCUAUACUUAGAACAGGAAAUAACUGUAGUAUCUAAAGCAACCUUUUAUGUUAAGCAUGGGUAAAUGACAACUUCCUUAGUACUUAAGAUUAUUUGUAACAUACAACUGUUCAGGGUUUUUUUAAAGACCUUUUUAACAUCAUCGCAGUAUUACGCUAAAUUUGGUGGGUUAAAUUUGGGUCCUGUUUACGUUGCUGCAGCCCCAUUGACUGCAACGUGCUCAUUCAUCAAGCUUUCAUGCAAUUUUCAUAUUUGACUGGAUGGAUAUGGAUAACAGUUGACCAAAGUCUGUGCUGACUCAGACCCUUGCAACCCUACAAUUAAUAGUUUUUGCAAGGACAGAUGGAGAGAGAUUUGGAGUAAAUGUUGUACUUCUGGUUAAACACUGAGGUUGUAUUGUUUGUAGCAUGAGAAGUGAUUCAGGGUCUAUAGAGAGACAUAAUAACUUCACCUCAAGUUUCAGGUAUGCAGGCAGGUCUAUUUCAGACCACCUUCAGGCUUAUGCUCUUGACAGCUUUUUUAUUUUUCUUAUCUGAUAGGUUGUUCAGUGAGAGAUUAGCAUGGAAGCAUGCUAGUAAAACUGCAUCUUCAUGGUUUUAUACUUCAAAUGUAAGGUCAAUCUUGCCCUUUCACUUCCCAUGAAAUUUCUCUCAUGUGAAAGAACUCAUGUGAACUCUCAUGUGAAAGAACGGUUGGACUCGAUGAUCUUAAAGGUCUUUUCCAACCUAAACGAUUCUAUGAUUCUAAAUUAGCUCCUUUUAUCAAGCAGUCAUCAGCUUUGUAAUCCAUUUUUAUAUAUGUGAUUUUUCUCUUUUUUUCCACAGAAAUCCUGUAAUUUCUAGGUUAACAGGAAGAAAUAACUGUGCCCUCAGAUAUAUGAAAAACUAAACUGCAUGUCCACUUCCACACUUUGUAUAUGCUAACAGCAGUUACAUCCAGGCAGCGUUGAGCAAACUCUCUUUCAGGUCUAUUGUGGUUGCUAAAAUUCAGAUUAGGGUCUUUGUGACAUAUCCUCCAUAAAAUUGUGCUUUAUUUCUUGUGUGAAAGGUGUCUGCCCAACUGUGACCCCUGAUGCUGUCUAUGAUCUGAUCUUAAAUAACACAAUUGGAGAUGAGGAACAGUCCAAUCACAUUUGGAAAUUCUGGCUUUCUUCUUAAUUUUAUCAGGUGUUGAUCUGACUUUCUGGAGGAAGUGUAGAGGGAAUAUCUUUCCAUAAAAUUAAACUGUAGAGAAAGUUGCCAUUGAUUAUUGUGACACCAUGGUGCUGCACUGCAAUGCCUGUGUUACAGCAUUGUUUCUAACCAGUAAGGAUGUGUCCUUGUGUCACACAGCUGUGGAUAUAUGUAUAAAUUCAUCUCUUUCCACAGUUCCUCUGGAAACUAAUUUGUUCUCUGCCUGUAUAUACUGGUUUAAGGGGAAAAAAACCAAACAAACAAAAAAAACAAAGAGGAGAGAGAGAGUCGGUCACCCUUCCUUUAAUCUGUGUAGACGAACAAGGUAGCGAGCACUGCUGUCAUCGCCAGUCUGCUGCUCCUUCCCACAAUUAAGAUACAGAAUACGGAAAGCUGAUGGGAUGCACAGCACGAGUAAGUCGCAGGCAAAGCUGUGAAGGUACAAUCGGCUUUUAGGACAGCCUUCUCCAUACACGUUGUAAUUGCGGAGGUACUUCUUUAUAUUGACCCUUUUUCUGGUAUCUCUAACUUUAAAUUUGUAAACUUUUUUAUUUAGUCUGUGACAUAUUCAUGUUCUCCUUUAAGAUUAAACAGAGUGGCCAGUGUCAAAAGUCCUGAGGAUGUAGCUACUUAGUGGAACAGUACAGAAACUGGCUUCAGUGUCUUCUGGAAUUACCUGAUGUUUAGUCAGACAGUUUUCACAAAUUGUCUACAUGCUGCUCCAGUAUGUUGCUGCAAAAUUAUAAGUACAUAGAGAGUUUUAUACUUGAGGUUUUCUCAAAGACCAAGGAUUUCUAAUAGUAGUAUCUAAUCAGGCACCAAUAUACAUACUGAUCACUUCUUCUAAAGAGUGGUUGAAAAUAUAUUUUGUGUUUAUUACUUCCCUGUUAAAACAUUUUUGGUUAUUUUAGAGGAGCGAGCAAAACUUUUUGUUUAAUACUGCCAUUUACAUACUUGACUAAAUUAUGAAGACUCAAUUCUACAUAAUGCUGUGUUGUCUCCCUGAAGAACACUUAAUUUGACUAGUGUUGAUUAGUACGUAUUGCUUUCUACACUGUACAGAUGACAUUGAAUGCUACAGCCACUUUUCUCACUCCAUGGUCUCUUUAUGGACCGUCUGCUGUGGUUAGCUGUUUUCACAGUCAGUGCUAGAUCCCAUUAUAACCUGCUGCUGAAUGCUUUAAAUGCUUGUAACUACUCCAGAAGUUUUUCCUAUCCCUCUGCAGAUCUGCUUCAGUACUCAGCAUUAGCAAUAUAGCUGUCAGCCUGCUCGUGAAUUCCCCACGCACACUGUCGCUGCUUUGUAUGUAAAUCAGCCAGACUUCAUCUCAGGAAUAUCGUAAGAAUUUAUUGUCCUCGUGACUCUUCUGAAAUCAAUUUCUUUCAGUCAUCUUUUAUUCUAUGUGUGACAGUUAUAGGGCUUUUUUUACUUCCAUGUUCUCUCAUAGGAAGCCUAGAAUAUCACAGCUGGAUAUUUUUUUCAUUCUAAGAAAGAGGGACAAUUCAUUAUCUGUCACAAUCAGUGUUUUCUUACUUUUUAAAUCAAAUAAUCAAUUUUCCAGAUAAUUUUCAGAUUUCUUGAGGUAAUUCUUACACUCUGUUCUUAUAUCUGCAAGUAGCCAAACAAAAGAGACUUUGCAAGACCAGAAAACUGCUCACCCCCUGAGAAGGAAAAGUCAUCCCUUCUCAGGCUACAAGAUUUUUGCUUCUGUUGCUAGCAUCUCUGCAGAAUGCCCUCUUUUCUUUCGAGUUACUCUACCAGUUCUGGUCAAAUCUUGACAUAAGACAGAUGCUGCAGACCCUGCACAAUUACAAGAGCAGGAGUGUUUCUUUACAUCUUCUGGUUAGAUCAGUCAUAGUCCUUGUGAGAAACCCAAGUAUUGCGUAAGUUAAAUGCCUUAACUAACAUAGGACUGCUUGGAAAAAAGAUGUUCUUCCUCUAUAGCAGCACGUGGAAUUGAUUGAGCUUGAGCAGAAAAUAAUUAAGUAGUUUACUGCCUUUUAUUAAAGGCUAUAGGGGUAUCAGCAUCACCGUUUUCUUCUGAGACAUAAAGACUUUACGAUUCUUUUUUCAAUCCAGUUCCCCACUUUGUCAUCCCAAUAUUGCUUACAGUGUUUAACCGCAUACUUUUAACUUCAGUUUUAAAAGAUACAAGAUGCUUCUCGAUGCUUUAUCCUUAAUUCUUCCCACAACAGUAUCUUUUUCUCUUUUCUUCUACUGGACCAUUAUAUAUAUGUAAUUUUUCCACGCAUACUUACAUUAAAAUGCUAGAAUCUUCCAACAGCAUACUUGCAGUGAAUGCAAGACUGGGGUGCUAAAUAACUUAACGUGAAGGUGGCUUGCUCUGUUUGGUGUGACUGAUUAACAAUGCUGUUUUCAACGCUUUGCACACCUUACCAGCUUUCCUCAUAAAGUCAGAGGACGCAGGUGUAGACCUCAAAAAAACCUACAUACGUAAGAAGGGAGGACAGAUUUGGCAGUUAAUCUACAGAGUUACCAGUUACAGCAGAUGAACUGUAUUCCAAAGAAGUGCUGUUGCAGUGGAGCAAGGGAACUGCUAGUUUGAUGUUCAGUAUUGCAGUCGUUGCCACAGAACAUUUUAAUACUGUUGUGGAAAGUUUUGUGACCUGAUCAAUAUUUUACAUGUAUAUCUGUAUUUUUAUUAUAAUAUUGUAAUGGAAAAGGGUCUAGGGUUUGGGAGUCGUCUUAAAAUAAGAAUGAAGGCCCUGAUUCUCAUUUAUGCUACUGUCCUUUGCAUCACAUUAAAAGGAUAAAGGGGCCUUAAAUGGAUGUCGAUUUAGCUUACAUCCUUCAGAGUAUCCCAUUACACUGAUAAUGGUAUAAAAGGUCAGUAGUAUAAAUCAAAACCGUUACCAAAUGACUGAUUUGUACAAUCAUCUGAAAUCAAUUUCCUGAUAUCCCUAUUGUGCACAUACUGGCGAGUAACAUCCAGAUUGUUCUUAGUUUAGAAAUACAGGUUGAAAAGAAACUGGCUUGGUUUUUAUCAGGUUUUAAGUAUUCACUUAUGUUGGCUGUCCUUUUCCCAACAUUGUCUACAAAGAGAAUGUGGUAAAAGAUUUGUACCUCUAGGUAAUGGCCUGGUCAGAAAUCUCACAGAAUUGUCAAUAAUACUAUUUCUAAGCUUUGGUAGUUUUUCUUAAGAUACUUGCUUCCCUUCAUCAUAACUUGAUCCCUUUUACUUGAUUAUAUAAAAUGGGGUUGUGACAAUCUACUGAACUCCGUUCUUUUCUGACUUAAGACCCAACAGGGUGUGCAGUAUUGUGUGAUGUUGUCACACUGGGGUGAGUUUUGAGACACAAAGCUAAAAGCCAACACUUUCUGACUGCCCUAACUGUGGUGAUACUCAACAGUGAAACUGUUGGCACUGCCCUGCGUGCUUGAGUCAUGCAGAGCUUCCCUUGCGGCCAAUGGAAGCUUUAUGUAAGCAUCAAGCCCCACUACAUUGCAGUUACAAAAUGCAAUGCAAUGCAAACUUCUCUUUCAAAAAAAGUUUGAGGAAAAGGAAAUCUAUUUUCAUUCUUAAAUUUCUAAACUGCAGUGAUACUGCAGAGCCUAAUGAGAACAGAUUUCGUACUAACUUUGUGAAUGCCAGUCCAAUCCAUGCAACUCAAAAGGCAGCAUCUGAACAUCAUUAAUCUCUUGUCCUCAAAAUGAAAAAAUAACUGUGGGCAAGAAAAACAAAUGUGAUAUCCGAAUACCACUAAAAGAAAGCCAGUUCUAACCAAUACAAACAUUCAGACACUUCAGUCUUUAACAAUUAAUUAUUCUACAAUUAUUUGUUCGGUUUGGAAGAGACAGCUCUUCAUAAUGUGACAAUAUCAUACCAGGUCAUAAAUACUGUUCAAAAUUUGCUGUCGUAAGAAGGAACGUUAAUAUGUAAGGACACACUGUACUGAAAUGCUAUGGCUAAUGAGUUCUUUCCUGCUUCGCAAAAUUAAAAAAUUAACAGUAUGCCAAAGCAAAAAAAAAAAAAAAAAAAAGUCAGCAUUUUCUUUCUUUCCUUCUCUUUCUUCUUUUCUCUCUUUCUUUUUCUUUCUUUGGGAUGCAUUUGAUAUUUAUUUAUCAACUUUGAAUUUGAAGUUUUGGAUUAUUUCCAGUUUUCAACCUACUGUAUUUAGAUCUGGAACAUAGAAUUAACUUUUUUAAACAAAAGAUGAUGUACAGGGAGAAAAAAAUCAGAAAGAAAAAGCACUUCAUUAUGUCACAGUAUUUACAGGAGAAAGUACAAAAAUUACUUCUUUUCUCAAAAAACAUUUGGGGCCUGAUUCUUUCCUAGUAUAACUGAGCAUAGCUUCAUGAGGCUGGUGAAGCUGUGAAGAGUUACGCUAGCUGAGAAACUGAACCUUAAAAUCUUCUUUGCAGACAAGGGAACCCUUACCAGCAGUACUUGAAGACUUGUGAGUUGUGACUGCAUGUUACUUGAAAGAUCUAAUUAAGCUAUGUUUUUUGGUGCAAGCAGUUGUUGUACAUGAUUUCAUGUUUAUGUAGCAAGAUGCAUUGAAAUGUUGAUACUAGUAUUGAAACAUACAUGUAAAAAUUGUUGUUGUGGAAAUUGUCUGUUCUGUUCUAUUUUUCUUGUGUGUCUCAUCUGUUUAGAACGUAAACUUUCUUUUUUUUUUUUUAUUGUCCUAACUGAAUAAGGCUAAAUGAAUACUGUAAUUGAAAAUAUAUUUUAAAUCUUGUCAUGAGUUUUUAAAAAGACUAUUACAAAUUGUAUCAUUCCUGAUUACACAGAACUUUGUGGGUGGUUUUAAAUAAAUUUUAUACUUCUAUUUUGCA